AUGCAUCGAAGAAAGAUCCUUUGGGUCGUGGCCAUUUUAAUAAUUAUAUUUGGGGUAUUAUUGAUAAAAGCGGAAGAAAUCUCUGAUGAGAUUGAUUCAAGAAAUGGAGAAAUAGAUGAAACUGUAACUGAGCAAUUGGUUAACAUAGAAGCAGAAGAUCCCGAUCUUGUUGGAUCAGUUCUUGAUAUAGAUUUAACUGAAGUAAAUAAAGGUCAAGAUAUGAAAUCAUUAUUUCCGGUUGUUAAUUCAGAAGAAUCCGGAUCAUUCUUUAUUGGAAUAAUUAUGAUUAUUGUAUCAGAAAUAGGAGAUAAAACAUUUUUUAUCGCUGCCAUAAUGGCUAUGAAAAAUUCACGACUUUUAGUUUUUACUGCAUCAUUUAGUGCAUUAGCACUUAUGUCAAUACUUUCAGCAGCUUUCGGUCAUGCGGUACCGAAUUUAAUUUCACAAAGAUUUACAAAUUAUCUUGCAUCAUUAUUAUUCAUAAUUUUUGGAAUUAAAAUGGCAAUUGAAGGAUAUAAUAUGACAGAUGAAGAAGCAAGUCAAGAAUUAGAAGAAGUUUCAUUAGAAUUAAAAGAAAAAGAAGAAGCGGGAAUUUUGGAAAGAGUAGAAGAAGGUGUAGGAGUGAGUGAAGAAGACGAUACAGGAGAUACCGGAGGUAGCGGAAGUGAAGCGGAAGGAUUGAAUAAUAAAGGAAUGAAUAGUGGAACAAAUAGUGGAAAUAAUGAAGAAAUAGAUCGAGCUACAUUCAAAGAAGGCUUGAUUAAUUUAUGUCAAUUUAUAUUUUCUCCAAUAUUUGUUCAAACAUUUGUACUCAAUUUUCUUGCUGAAUGGGGUGAUCGAUCACAAAUUGCUACAAUUGCUAUAGCUGCAGCUCAGGACAUGCUUUUUGCACAGGUCUUGCCGUGA